UAGUUUGGCAUACAUUUAAAUUUAUUAUCAGUUCCAUUUUACUAGCCGAUUAUAUUAUACAAACUCAAGACAUUGACAUCUCAAAAAUGUAUCCUGAUGGAAAACCAGAAUAUCUCUACCAAAUGAGAAUGAGUACGCAACCUAGUCCAGCUAGUGCCAAUGUUGAUCGAGAGAAAAUUUAUCAAUGGAUAUUGGAGCUAACAAAUCCUGACACCCGCGAAGGAGCUCUAUUUGAGUUGAGUAAAAAGCGUGAAGUUGUUCCUGAUUUAGCUCCAAUGCUAUGGAACAGCUUUGGUACAACUGCUGCAUUACUGCAAGAAAUCAUUAAUAUUUACCCUGCUAUUAACCCUCCAACAUUAAAUGCUCAUCAGUCAAAUAGGGUAUGUAAUGCAUUGGCUCUGUUACAAUGCGUUGCCUCACAUCCAGAAACGAGAUCUCAAUUUUUAUUGGCACAUAUUCCAUUGUUUCUUUAUCCUUUCCUUCAUACCGUUUCAAAAACCCGUUCAUUUGAAUACCUUCGCCUAACGAGUUUAGGUGUUAUUGGGGCACUAGUGAAAACAGACGAACAGGAGGUUAUUACUUUUCUUUUAACAACAGAAAUAAUACCCCUCUGUUUACGCAUUAUGGAAUCGGGAUCUGAACUAAGUAAAACGGUUGCGACAUUCAUUCUUCAAAAGAUACUUUUAGAUGAAAGUGGAUUAUCGUAUAUAUGUCAAACAUACGAUAGAUUUAGUCACGUUGCUAUGAUUUUAGGUAAAAUGGUGCUUUCUCUAGCAAAAGAACCAUCUGCAAGACUGUUAAAGCAUGUCGUUCGUUGUUACCUGAGACUUUCCGACAAUCCACGAGCACGUGAAGCAUUGCGUCAGUGCUUGCCAGAUCAAUUGAGGGAUACAACUUUCAACAGUUGUUUGGCUGAAGACAAGUCAACUAAACACUGGUUAACCCAACUACUAAAGAAUUUAGAUACACCAGGGAAUGGAGCGGACCAACAGGUUGGCAUUUCACCUCUAGCAUCCCAAUAAUAUUGUUAUGAAUAUACAUCCCUGUUGUUCAAACGUUCAAUCCAGUGGAUCUGAAUUUUAAUGCUCCACGGAUAUGGGCUACUAAUAAUUGAUUGUGAUUUUCUUCAAGAUAAUUUUAUCAUUAUUUUUUUAAAUGUUAUUAAGUAUUUACUGAGUUUUGUGUAAUGCUGCUAUUGUAUAAAUUCAUUAUACAUGUGUGAUACAGAGAGUAUCAUAUCUUAUUACUGUAGUUUACACUGGAUUGAAAUGCCCAAUACUUAUUUAGUUGACUCGUAUAUCAAAUAACUUGUUUUCUUUGACAAAUUAAUGUAUUAUUUAUAAUAUAUUUAGAUAUCAAGAUAUCUUUGUUUGCGGAUUUAUAUAGUUUUGUGAAUGUACUUCUUACUUUAAAUGUGAAUGCAAUAUAAUAUUGUUAUAAGAA